AAGUUGUCCUUGAUACGUUCGUUCUCCGGGUGGUGCAUAAACGCCAACGGCAUGUGGGAAUCAUCGCUAGUGUACAUAUGUGCGAGUGUCAUAACGGCUUUUAUUUAUUUUCAAUGGACCCGAAGGAAAAUGUAUGCCACCUUGGCAAGCAUGUCUGGCCCUACUAGGCUACCGUUGAUUGGGCAUGCCCAUAAAUUUGCCAACGCAACACCAGAAACCAUCGCUGACACGCUCAUGUAUUUCGGCAGCAACUUUCCGUCGCCGGUGUGUAUUCACAUGGGACCCUUGCCACACGUAGCCAUUUUCGAUCCCGAACAACUACAGGCAGUUCUGUAUUCUCCGAACUGUCUCGACAAAUCCGUACACUACUCCUUUAUACGGAUUCCACGAACCUUAUUAACUGCACCCGGUCAUCUAUGGAAAGGCCUAAGGAAAACCCUGAAUCCUUCUCUAGGACCAGCUAUUCUCAACAGUUUCAUACCGAUUUUUAACCGGAAAAGUGCCCUCAUGACCGAGCUGCUUGAGCAACACGUCGGGAAACCAGAGCGAAACUUUGAACGGGACAUUUCCAAGUGUACUCUUGAUCAAAUUUACUUAACUGCUUUUGGAUCUGACUACCGAAUGCAACAAUCACCGGAAGGGGAUUUAUCCGUGGAACUCUUUGAAAUCUACAUGAAGCUUAUGGCAGUUAGGUUCUUUACAGUAUGGAAAUAUCCAGAAUUCAUCUACCGUAUGACCAAAGCAUACCGGAAAGAACAAGAAUGCCUUAAAAUCUAUCACAAUAUCAAUAUGAAAUUAGCGAUAGCAAUGAAUUUCGAUGAACAAUUAACCAAAUCAAACGAAACAACUCAGACAAAUGAAGACACUGGCACCAGAAAGCCCAAAAAUUAUCUCGAGUGCCUUUUAAAAUAUAUAUGCGAAGACAAUCCGGCGGCUAAGGAUGAUGUCCUUCAACAUAUUGGAAUGAUUAUUUUCGCUGGCAAUGAUACAACAGCAAAAACAAUCAGUUUCAUUUUGCUGCUGAUAGCAAUGCAUCCAGAUAUUCAAGACCGUUGCUUUCAAGAAAUCAUGCAAGUUUGUCCGGGGAACGAUCAAUCUGUCUCCGCCGAAGAUAUCGCAAACCUUACGUAUCUUGAUAUGGUGUGCAAAGAAAGUAUGCGGCUGUAUCCCGUUGCUCCCAUAAUAGCUCGAGUAACAACCGGUGACGUCAAACUAAACGAUCAACACACCAUUCCAGCCAACUGUAACAUAAUAGUUGGAAUCUAUCAAAUCCAUCGGGACCCGAAAAUAUGGGGACCAAACGCCGACAUGUUUGACCCGGAUAAUUUCCUCCCGGACAACGUAGCCAAACGACAUCCGUAUUCCUUUGUUCCGUUCAGUGGAGGUCCUAGGAAUUGCAUUGGAAUGCGCUACGCGUGGCUCUCGAUGAAGAUUAUUAUCAUUCACAUGUUAAGAAAAUACCGCCUGAAGACAUCGCUCACACUGGAUCAACUGAAGAUCUCGUACGGGAUCAUGUUGAACAUUGCAAACGGUUGCCAGCUGACGAUUGAAAAAAGAUGAUUGUGCAUUGGGUAUAAAUAAAUUUUCACGAAAAGUAUUUGAUUGAUACUAAAGCCACUAAAGUCUACAAUGACCAGCGACCAUAACUCAAGAAGUGGUUUUGUUGGAUUUCCUUAUGCAUAUGAACAUCAAAUUUUCAUCAGUACCAGUUAUGAAACUUUCCCACAUACGCAAUGGUACCAGUGGUUUGUAGUUAAAUAGCGAUCUAUUUUAAUUGACUGUGAUGUUACGUUUCAGGUGAUUUGGCCGUUCAUUUUUGACAUUAGUUUCGUAUUUGAUUGUUCUAAGAUUUGGAACUGGCUAUAUACAACGUGGAAAG